ACAAGGCGAGUCAGGUUUCCCUUUUUGGGAAGGUUAGGAGCGGUAACCUCGAGGCUUCGAAACACACCCUAAUCGCCUGUUUACAGCUUUUCCAUUGUUCCCAUUCAUUUUAGUACCACAAUAAUGGUUCAUUUGCCUUGCGCUGGCCAAACAUAAAGCUUUGCCACGUUCUUUCGGCCCUCUGUAUCUUUAUUUGCCCUCCAACGACACCAACGACAUUGUCCACAAUCUUCAAGAAUGCCAUCAAUAAUUGCCCCAUCACCACGACGCGUCGCCCAUGCCUUAUUUCAAGACGCGCUACAGUCUCCUUCCCCGGAGACGCGUCAGUCCCACGUCCCAUCAACAGUAAUUUCUGAAAUUUUACCCUCGCGAAUGCUUUUAAGUCCCCCGCGACUGCUGUCGCCAAUCACACUCAAUGAACCUCGUGUUUUGUCUCGGAAAUCAAAGUCACCGAUGCCUUGUGGUGCUGCAGUAAGGCGAGGGUCUACCCGUAACACUCGCUCCAUGAAUAAACGCCGUCGUUUUCCCCCUCGUAUCGAGUCGCCUCUCGAUGUAUAUAGCCGUGUUCCUAUGUUUGAUCGUCUCCCAUGGAUCUCCGCCAUGGAGUACCCUCCGCGGUUCGAUCUUUGCGACACAGCAGAUCUGUCUCUUCUGCCCGCACUUGGCGCUGAAGAACCCACAUUCUCAGACGCAAUCCCUGCGUCUGGACCGGUGCGCCGCCGCAAGUCAUCACUCCGUUCAAACCCUCUUGGAAAUAAUUCAGAGCCGGAAUCGCCAUCAAGACAAAAUUUUCCUUUCCAGUCCCCCAACUGUGAUCGGGAACGUCUCAAGACCCCGCCCCCUAGGAUACCUUUUGACCCCACACAAGUCACUUUUUACAACCUCAUGCCAGUCUUUCCGCAUGGAGCUGCCAAUAGCCUCUCGUAG